AUGGCCGAGACACGCGGAUUCCCGCCUGUGACUUUGCCGCUGCAGGUGCAGCUGAACACGACUAAAGUCCCAGUGGUCUACGCGUACGAGUUGGCGUUUGAACGAAGCUUUGACCACGAAUGGGGUGUGGGGUUAUUCCAGCAGUACUGGACCAUCGGGUUUCCACUGAGUGCCAUCUACGGAGUGCUGAUCUUAGCGGGACAAUGCGGUGGGGUAUAUCGGGCUAGCGGUUUGUGGGCCUGGCUCUUCGCCGUCAGCAAACUGGUGGAGUUUGGAGACACAGCCUUCAUCGUGCUUCGCAAGCAGAACCUCAUGUUCCUACACUGGUAUCACCACAUCACGGUGCUCCUGUACACGUGGUUCAGCUAUGCCUACUACACGUCCACCGGGAGGUGUUUUCUGCUCAUGAACUACACGGUACACGCGUUCAUGUACACUUACUACGCCCUCAAAGCAUCUCGUAUCGUGCUCAUCCCUCGCAGGGUCAGUUUCUGCAUCACCGUGCUCCAAAUCACGCAGAUGUUCACGGGAAUUCUCGUCAAUCUGUACGCUCACGUCGUGCUGAAGCGAGGCGACGUAUGCGCAGUCAGCCGGCGCAACUUGGAGGCGUCUUUCUUCAUGUACGUCAGCUACUUUGUGCUCUUUGCGCACUACUUCUACCGGGCCUACUUUGUCAAAAAGAGGAGAAACUGGCUAGCAAACUUCAUCCCAUCGAUGGACAGGGGCAAACAAGCAAACAGGACAUUCUCGAUGUACAACACCAGGCUGAACUUAAGAAAAUUCGAUAAUAACGUCAUUUUAAUUUAAAUUUAGUUAAAAUUUAGUUUUACAUUCGCAAGUACUACUCGAGGCUGAUCAUUUAAUUAACUAAAGUAAAAUGCGAUUUUAAGAUUUUUUAUCAGUGUGUCAGGAUUUUGCAGAUCGUUCAGCCGUAUUUUUUUUUAAUGUGGCUUGAUCCUGACAUGCAAUGCACUUAGUUAAUACAAGUUAUCUA